AUGUCUUCGCCGAAGACGAAAACACCGGGUCGCAGCGCCGGCGGAGGUAGCGGGGGGAGCCCGGGACCCGGCGGCACCAACAACGGCCGCUACGAGUUCAUUUCGCUCACCAAGCCGCUGAGCCGGUCGUCGACGCCGCCUCAUCUCCUCCAGCGACAGAGCUCCGACUCGGCCACCGCGCGGCUCCGCGCUUCGGAGAGCCCCACUCGUCGCCGCGGCUCCAGCUCGUCCACCGGCUCCGGGACGCUGGAGGAGGACGGCAUCCGACUCAACCCGUCGCUCCUUCGCGUGGCCCUCAGCUCGUUGCUCGCCAUCGACCUCUGGUUGUCCAAGAGUCUGGGGGUGUGCGCCCGGGAGGACUCUUCGUGGGGGAGUGCGCGGCCCCUCAUGAAGCUCAUCGAGGUGACUGGCCACGGUAUCCCCUGGCUGGUCGGAACCGCCUACUGCCUCUACAAGAGUGACAGUGCUGCUGGCCAGGAGGUCAUGCUCAACCUUCUCAUGGGUCUGCUGUUAGAUCUGAUCCUAGUGGCCAUCGUGAAGGCGACGGUGCGGCGACGGCGGCCAGCCCACAACCGCAUGGACAUGUUUGCCACCUUCUCGGUGGACCGCUAUUCCUUCCCGUCUGGCCACGCUACCCGUGCCGCUAUGUGUGCCCGCUUCCUGCUAGCACACCUGGUGCUAGCCGCCCCGCUGCGGGUCCUGGUGCUGUUGUGGGCGGCCACAGUGGGGCUGAGCCGCGUCAUGUUAGGCCGCCACAACGUCACCGAUGUGGCUUUCGGUUUCUGGAUGGGCUACUGCCAGUACAGACUCCUGGAGAUGCUGUGGCUCUCACCUCAGAGCCUGCAAGCCCUUUUGGGACACAUCGCAUAA